AUGCAGUAUAGAGAUGAAGUGCCGCAUCCCGGCGAGAUGAGGGUCUACCUGUUCCGGAAGCUAUUGGCCUCCCCCAGCGAACUGCAGCGCGAAGUUUGCGAGGAGGCGAUCGCGGAGGUGCUGGAUCAGGUCCUCAGUGGACGCACCAGCACAAUCUUCAGCUGCGGAUUGCCCAGAGGGAAUGGAGGAGAUCCGGGUGACAUGGUCACCCGCAUCCUGGGCGAACUCUUCCACAGUGUCUACUCCAUUGAGACGAACAUGGAGGUGCACGUUUCGGUGCGCUAUGUCCAGCUGAGCGGAGAGUCGGACGAUCUGGUGGUCAACCUCAGGGGCUGCAAUCGCCGGACGAGCCGAGAUCACUUUGUGGCCACGUCCCGUGAGGUGCACACCUACAUGGCGAGAAUCAUGGACAAAGUGGGCGAGGCCGGCGAUUGUCCUCACCUGAUCUUCACCAUCCACGUGAUUCAGUCGGCUGGCGAUCACUUGCGGAAAUGUUGUGGCAAACUGCAGCUGGUUUACCUGCAGCAACUGGCGGAGGAUUCGCCGUCCCUCGAAUCAGACAAGCCCCUGGACACGCUGGUGAAUCUUUUCCAGGCCCUAGCCCACAAUCCCAAGAGCCACAUUCGUUACCACAACAUACGAUUGACCAGGCUGCUCCAACAACUGAUGGGCAGCGGUGGCAGAACAGUGCUUGUUAACUACACGGAUCCACCGGAAGAAAGGGAUCACCUGAUUGCUCCGGCGCCCACUCCUUCCCCCAAUCCCAAUGUCGGUCUGCCCGCCGAAGUCUGGAGGGCAAUGUUCAGGCAGGAGCGACGGAGGUACCUCUGUCUGAGGGAGAAGGCACUGGGAAUGGUGGUGGAGGAGGAGGAAGAGCUGCAGAAGUUUCUCGACAGCCUGGAGAGGGGAAACCAUCCGGAGGAGGAGGAGAGCUCCGGAGGAGACUUCUGCCGGGAGAAGGAGCAGAGCCUCCUGCAGCACAAGAUGCUGCAGAUUCGCAAGGAGGCAGAGAUGUCCAUUGAAAAGCUAAAGGAUCUGCAGGUGGACAUGGAUCAACUGACAGAGAGAAACAAUGAUUUAAAACAGGAGCUGGGCCAAAAGAACAGCCAACUGGACAGGCAGAGCUACCUCCUGCGAUCCGUGCACAUGGAGCUGAUAGAUCAGAGGCGCAAGUUCCAGGACAAACUGGCCGAGUACUCGCAGAUGUUUCAGGCCAUGUGGCGACGGCAGAGUGCGGACAUCCAGGAGCAGGAGCAAGUGCAGCGGCAUCAGCUGUCCGAGAUGUUCGAGACCAUCUGCCAGGCGAUGCAGCGGUGGUGCCACAGGAAGGCGGCCCGGAUGCCGCAGGAGGACGAAGAAGAAGGGCUGCAGAAGAGUCUAGACCCAGUGGAAGAGCCCAGAGUCUAGCGCUCUUUGCACUCGUCUCCCAGCGAAGAGGCCACGCGAAGCACCCGCUUAAAGGUCAGCCAGUCCAUCCGGACCAGUCACGAACCACUCGGAGCCAUCUCACACAUUCCCCAGCGCAUCUGGCUGUGCCACUUUGCCAUUUAGCUGGCGCGACGGAACCGAAACGAUGGCUGUCGGCAAGUUCGUUGCCUAAGUCUUUCGUUUUGCCCGCCAGUUUAAGGCUGU